AUGUCCAUCAUUGGGGAGGCUCUUGAGACGGCGCAUGUGGAGAACAGGACGGGGCUGGUUACUGAGUUUGUGCUGGUGGGCUUCUCCAACCUCGGGGAACUGAGGCCCACACUCUUCGUCUUGUUCUUCCUCACCUACCUGGUGACCCUCAGCGGCAACGUGACCAUCAUCACCAUCAUCCAUGCCGACCGCACCCUCCACACCCCCAUGUACCGCUUCCUGGCCACCUUGUCCCUGUCGGAGACCUGCUACACGCUGGUCACCAUCCCUAACAUGCUGGUUCACCUGCUGGUGGAGAGCCAGGCCAUAUCCAUCGCCGCCUGCCGGGCGCAGAUGUUCUUCUUCCUGGGCUUGGGCUGCAGCCAUUGCUUCCUCCUGACCCUGAUGGGCUACGACCGCUACGUGGCCAUCUGCCACCCACUGCGGUACUCGGUCCUCAUGCGGCCCGGCGUCUGCCUGGGCUUGGGGGCCGUGGUCUUCUGCUCCGGCUUUUCCGUGGCCCUGAUCGAGACCUCCAUCAUCUUCUCCUCGCCCUUUUGCCACGGGGACCGGGUGGAGCACUUCUUCUGCGAUAUUGCCCCGGUGCUGAAGCUGAGCUGCUCGCGGAGCCCGCUCAAGGCCCUGGGCAUCUUCUUCCUGAGCGUGCUGGUGGUGCUGGCGUCCUUCCUGCUCAUCCUGCUCUCCUACGCCUUCAUCGUGGCCGCCAUCCUGCGCAUCCGCUCGGCCUCAGGCCGGCGCAAGGCCUUCUCCACCUGCGCGGCGCACCUCACCGUGGUCGUUGUGCACUUCGGCUGCGCCUCCAUCAUCUACCUGCGGCCCGACAACGGGGCCCACCCCGAGCAGGACCGCCUGGUGGCCGUGUUCUACACGGUGGUGACCCCGCUGCUCAACCCCGUAGUGUACACGCUGCGGAACCAGGAGGUGCGCGUGGCCCUGCGGCGCGCCCUGGCUGGGGGCUGUGCGCCGGGGGCUUAA